AUGUCAAUUGAUUGGACAACGAAAGAAAAAAUUGUUUUAAUAUCUGAUAUACUUGAAUAUGGUGAUCAACUAGAAAGUUGGUCAUCAAUAUCAAAUGAUCUUUCAAGAACAUUUCAAACAAAUAUUAUUUUAUCACAAGCAAAAAGAGAAGGACGUUAUUCAAUUAAAAAUUGUAAACAAGAAUAUAAAUAUCUUGUUAAUCGUUAUAAAUCUCAAUGGAUUGAACAUGGAUCAUCAAAUAAUUUAAAAUUACCUUUAGCUAAAUAUAUUUGGAUACAAUUAAAAUCAAUUUAUCAAACUGAAUUAACACAACAAUUAAAUGAAAGUAGAAAAAAAUUAACUGAAUUUUGUCUUAGACUUGAAUCAGCAGUUAAUAUUAAAUCUAAUACAAUCGAACCAACACUUCCACCAUCAAUUACAGAGAUAACAACUCCUGUUGCUACUCCUCAACAAGAUGAACCACAAGAAGAAAAAACUCCAAUAAUUGAAAUUAUUUCUGAGCCAAUUAAAACAGAACCAGAUAUACUACCGAGUGAACCUAUAGAAUCAACUUUACCCAGUGAACCAGAUACUAUUCCUACAGUAUUCGAUGAUACAAAAGAACAAAUUACGACUCCUAUUCCUACAAUUAUUGAUGAAUCACUAAUAAAAGAAGAUGUAGAAAAUGAAAAUCCUAAUGAAACUAUUGUUAAUGAAAUUAAUUCUCAAGUUUCAUCUACAAAUUCACCAAAUCCAAAACAAAAUCUACCGAUUAUUGAAGAAGAUGUUUCAGAACAAACACAAAUAGAUUCUCCUUCCCAAAAUCCUUUAUUGGAUCAACAAUCAUCCAUAUCUCAAACACCAAUUUCUAUUCCUUCUUUAGCACCUUUAAUAAGUACAACAACAACAACAAUAACAACAAAACCAGAAUCAGUUUCAUCAUCAAGAUCAACAUCAAGAACAAGUUCUGAAACAAAACUAGAUACUGUUAAAAUAAUACCAACAACUACACAAAAAUAUCAUGUUUAUUUUUCUCCAAAAAAUUCUAUUAAUAAUAAUCUUAGUACAAAUAAAACAAAAAUAAAACGAAAAACAAUUGAUGAAAUAAAAGAUGAACAUGAAAUUGAAUCAACAAAUCAACCAGAUAUAUCUUCUUCAUCAACAGAACAAUCAAAAGUACAAUCAACAACUGCACCAAUUACUCGUCGUUCAAUAAGUACACGUUCAGUACCAAAUACUGCUGCUGAACAAGAAGAAGAAAAAUCAAGAAGAUUCUCAGCAAUGCUUUCUGAAAAUCCAAAUAGUUGGCAAUCACAAGCAAUGACUAUUAUUCAAUUUAUUCUCGCACAUAAACAAGGAUAUUUAUUUGAACAUGAAAUAACUGAAGAAAUUGCACCAAAAUAUCAUCAAUAUGUUCGACGUCCAAUAGCUCUUGAUACAAUUCGAAAAACACUUGAAUCUAAUGGAUAUCAAACAAAAGAAUAUUUUAAACGUGAUAUUUAUUUAAUGUUAUACAAUGCUAUGAAAUAUAAUCCACGUUAUCAUCAUGUUCAUCGAUCAGCUAAACAUAUUUUUAAUGUAACAGUUCCACUUUUCAAUUUAUCAGCACAAGAAAUUCAAGGACAAAUGGCAACAAAAAGUAAUAUAUCAUUACCGACUACGACGAAUGAUAGUCCACUUGCUAAACGAAAACGAACGAAAUGA